UGCCCCUAGAAAUAAACAAACAACCAUAUCUAAACUCUAUUCCCCUAGUAUAAUAAUAAUAAUCAUAGACAACAUCGCCCUACUGAGUUGACUCGGCCAUGGGAAUUUGCAGCUCCUGCGAGUCUACGUCUGUCGCCACCGCGAAGCUGAUUCUCCAAGAUGGGAAGCUUCAGGAGGUUCCAUGUCCGGUGAAGGUCUCAUUCCUGCUGCAGAAGAACCCUGCUUGUUUUAUCUGUAAUUCAGAUGAUAUGGAGUUUGACGACUUCAUUUCGGCCAUAAACAGCGACGAUGAGCUUCAGCCGGAUCAGCUCUACUUUGCGCUGCCAAUGAGUUGGUUGAAGCGGCCGCUCCGCGCGGAGGAGAUGGCCUCUUUGGCCGUCAAGGCGAGUGAAGCUCUCAUGAGGGGUGGUGCAAAGGGAUGUGGGUGUUGCGGAAAAGGAGUACUGGGGCAGGUGGCGUUUUCCCAGAAGGAGUAUGUGAAGGCAACCCGACUAGAGGACGCCGAUGACGGCAGUGGAAGAUUGAUUGAAAAGAGAAGAGAAAAGGGUGGCGGCGGCCGUGGCCAACAUGGCCGUCGUGGCCGUGAUUUUACUACGAACCUGACCAUGGUUCCGGAGGAAUGAGCGAUGACAGUGGGUAGCAGUAGCAGUACCGGCAGUGACGAUCACGCCAUGGCUAAUUACAAAAUUCGAUGGUUUUAUUUUCCGGUUCACCGAUAACUUCAGAGUCAUGUUUACCAUUUGGGUUUGAGUUCUGAUCAAGUAUUUUAUAUGUCCAAAAUUAAAAUGGCCAUAGACCCUCGAAAUUGAAGAAUUUCCCCAUAAAUUUGUGAUCAGAAUCAAACGUUCACUGGUUGAGGAAUUGCAGCAAAUGAAUGUAUAAUCAACAGGAUUUUGAUUAAGAAGUAGUAGUUGAGGCUGAGGUUUCUAUAA